AUGAAUACCACGACCGGUGAACUUCUGGCUGUCAAGCAAGUCGAAGUCAACCCUAAGACAUCUAACGCAGAUCCGCAAAAGAUUCGCGAGAUGGUGAAGGCUCUCGACUCCGAGAUUGACACGAUGCAGCACUUAGAUCACAUGAAUAUCGUUCAAUAUCUCGGUUGUGAGCGCAAAGAAUACUCCAUUAGUAUUUUUCUCGAGUACAUCUCCGGUGGCAGUAUCGGAAGCUGCUUGCGUAAACACGGCAAAUUCGAAGAGUCGGUUGUCAGCAGCCUGACACGACAAACACUUGAUGGACUAGCGUACCUUCAUCGCGAAGGUAUUUUGCACCGCGACCUCAAAGCUGACAACAUACUUCUUGAUCUUGAUGGUACUUGCAAGAUCUCUGACUUUGGUAUCUCCAAGCGCAGCCCCAACCCUUACAACAACGACAUUACCAACAGCAUGCAAGGCAGUGUCUUCUGGAUGGCGCCCGAGGUCAUCCGCGCUCAGUCACAAGGAAGCGCCUCCAACGGCAGUACCGAGUCUCAAGGCUACAGCGCAAAGGUCGAUAUCUGGUCUUUGGGCUGUGUGGUCUUGGAGAUGUUUGCUGGUCGUCGUCCUUGGAGCAAAGAAGAAGCUAUUGGUGCCAUCUUCAAGCUUGGCAGUCUCAACCAAGCUCCACCAAUUCCUGAAGAUGUUAGCAGCGUCGUCGGUCCUGCUGCUUUGAGCUUCAUGUAUGACUGUUUCACAAUUGAUCCGGCGGAUCGACCUACUGCUGAGACGUUACUCCGCGCACCUUUCUGCUUCCACGAUUUACACUACAACUUCUUCGACACCGAGCUGUACGCUAAGAUUCAGGGGGCCUUUGGACCUUGA